GGGGGGGGGGCUGCUGCCAUGGACCCCCAUCACCUCUACAUCUCCACCCGGGACCCCCAGGAAGAUUUUGAGGUCCUGCAGCGCCUGGGCGGUGGCACCUACGGGGAGGUCUAUAAGGCCCGCAGCAAAGCCUCGGGCGAGCUGGCCGCCAUCAAGGUUGUCAAGAUGGAGGCAGACGACGACCGCGCCACGCUGCAGCAGGAGAUCCUGAUGGUCCGCUCCUGCCAGCACCCCAACAUCAUCGCCUACUUCGGCAGCUACAGCUGGUGCAACAAGCUGUGGAUCUGCAUGGAGCUGUGGGGGGGGGGGUCUCUGCAGGACAUCUACCACGUGACGGGACCUCUCUCGGAGCCGCAGAUCGCUUAUGUCUGCAGGGAGACCCUGGAGGGGCUCUCCUACCUGCACUCCCAGGGCAAGAUCCACCGGGACAUCAAGGGAGCCAAUAUCCUCAUCAAUGACAGUGGGGAGGUGAAGCUGGCCGACUUCGGGAUCGCGGCGCAGAUCACUGCGACCUUCGCCCGGCGGAUGUCCUUCAUCGGCACCCCAUACUGGAUGGCCCCCGAGGUGGCGGCGGUGGAGAAGACGGGGGGCUACGACCAUCGCUGCGACGUCUGGGCGCUCGGCAUCACCGCCAUCGAGCUGGCCGAGCUGCAGCCCCCCCUCUUCGACCUGCACCCCCUGCGGGUGCUGUUCCUGAUGUCCAAGAGCGGGUACCAGCCCCCCAAGCUGAAGGACAAGGCCAAAUGGUCCCCCCCCUUCCACAACUUUGUCAAGGUGACACUCACUAAGAACCCCAAGAAACGGCCCAGUGCUGCCAAGAUGCUCAGCCACCAAUUUGUGGCCCAGCCGGGGCUGAGCCGGACCCUCACCCUGGAGCUGCUGGAAAAGCUCCGGGACCCCGAGCGGCUCCUGGGGGGCUGCAACCCCGAGGAGGAGGAGCCCGAGCUGCCCCCUCCCGUGCCCCACCGGAUCCACUCCACCCACCGGCCCCCGCCCCCCGGCCCCCACCGUGAGUUGCACCCCCUUGGCGGGGGCCCGUGCUGGCGGAAGGAGGGCAACCCCCCCCGUGUGUCCUCAGCAAAGCCCGGCUGCGGCAGGAGAGUGGGGGGGUCCAAGGGCAGCGCACGGGACGAUGCCUCCGAUGAUGAUGACGACUACGAUGAUGUUGACAUACCCAGCCGCGGUGACUCCAACAGUGCCACUCUGCCCCACGAUGUACCCCCUCCGCUGCCCCCCAAGCCUAAGUUCUGGACAAGCUCAGCCGAGGGCCCCCCCGAAGACCCCCGCCCGCGGCCCCGGGGACCCCUCCUGGAGCAGCCGCCCCCCCCGGCCCUGGUGCACUGUGCCAGCGGCCCCGCGGGGGGGCUCUGCCCCCCGGCCCCCACCCGGGGGGGGCCACUGGCUGCCAGCUCAGACCCCGUGCUCUGGUCGGGGCCCUGCAGAGAGGACCCCCCCCUGCUGCCCCCCAAGACGGAGAAGAACCGGAGAGUGGUCCCUGCGGACAACGGGGGGGCCACCCCCAGGCCACACGAGGGGUCCCUCUUCCGGAAGGUGUUUGAUGGGUGUCCCCUGCGUGUGACGGCCACCACCACCUGGACGCAUCCCACCACCCACGACCCCCACCUCAUCCUGGGAGCGGAGGAGGGGAUCUUCAUCCUGAACCAGAGCGAGCCUGAGGCCACGCUGGAGCUGCUCUACCACAGCCGCACCUCCUGGCUCUACUCCAUCAGCAACAUCCUCAUGUCCGUCUCAGGGAAGACCCCCCAGCUCUACUCCCACAACCUGCUGGGGCUCUACGAGCAGAGCAAGAGGGACCAGCGCCCGGGGGUGCACAUCUCCCCCCACCGCCUGCUGCCCAGGAAGAACGUCACCUCCAUCAAGAUCCCCGACACCAAGGGCUGCCGGACCUGCUGCGUGGCCAGGAACGAGCAGACGGGGUGUCACUACCUGUGCGGGGCGCUGGAUGCUGGCGUGGUGCUGCUGCAGUGGUACCAGCCCCUGCAGAAGUUCAUGCUGGUCAAGCACUUUGACUUCCCGCUGCCGUCGCCGCUGCGGGUGUUCGAGCUGCUGGUGACCCCCGGGGAGGAGUUCCCCAGCGUCUGCAUCGGGGUCAGCCCCGGCCCCUCGCCCGCCCACCCCGUCCUCUUCCACACCAUCAACCUCAACUCCCUCACCUCCUGGUUCGCCCACACCGGCUCCGAGCCCUCCUGCCCCGGCCCCGUGCAGGUGACGCAGCUGGACAGCGAGACCGUGCUGGUCCUGCUGGACCGGAGCGUGAAGCUGGUGACACUGCAGGGAGCCCCUGCCCAGGGGCUGGCAGCCCCCGACAUCUCCUUCGAUGUGGCUGUGGAGGCCGUGGCACUGGUCCGCGGCUGCGUCCAGGCCUUCUGGCGCCACGGGGUGCAGGUGUGGCAGGUGGGCUCCGCGCAGCUGAUCGAGGAGCUGCGGGACCAGCGCUGGACCUUCCGCCUGCUCAGCUCCCACAGCACCCUGGUCCUGGAGAUGCGCCCCGCCGACGAGGCCAACGCUUACAGCAACCUCUACGUCCAGGCGUGACCCCCCCCGGAACGGGGGGGGGACCCCCCCGGGGCUGGGGGGGGGGCAGGGAGGCUGAGCUGGGCCCCGCCCAGCC